GCGUGCUUCGUCAAAGUCGAAACAAUCCAGCAAGAUCCUAUCCAAAUUGCAGUCGGCAGCUUGUCCGUUUUGAGCCUCGUCUUCCACGUCAGUGUUCAGCCGCCUCGAUACACAUACUUCGCGACUGUUGAGUACGAUGGUGUCUUGUGCGAGUUUAAUAUCGGUGCUGACUUUGUACCUAGGCGUAGCGCACGCGAUACGCUUUCACAUAAAGCCCAACACCAAGCGCUGCCUCAAGGAUGAGGUGCUCAAAGACGUGCUUGUUUCCGGCGAGUACCACGUCUCCGAAACGCCGGGCCACAAGACGGACCUGACAGUAAAAGACAGCAACGGACACAUACUGUACAACAAGGACGACAUUAAGGAAGGCAAGUUUGCCUUUACCACUGAUGCGUAUGAUGUGUACGAGGUCUGCUUCACCACCAAGAUGCCUAGCGAGGUCAAAGGUGGUGACCGGGAGGUCCAGCUGACGCUCAAGCAUGGUGCAGAAGCCAAGAAUUACCAAGGCUUAGCCGAAGUUGGCAAGCUGAAGCCACUUGAGAUGAAACUGCAGCAGCUGGAGGAUCUCUCGGAAGCAGUGGUGAAGGACUUUGCGUACAUGCGCCAACGGGAAGAGGAAAUGCGCGAUACCAACGAGUCGACCAACUCGCGGGUCCUCUACUUUUCCAUCUUCUCCAUGUGUUGCUUGCUCGGCCUGGCGACCUGGCAAGUCCUCUACCUGAGGCGGUUCUUCAAGGCAAAGAAACUCAUAGAGUGAAGAACAACAAACUGUUUUACAGGAUGGGCUGUGAGUGUUUGUGGAGGGGGGCACAUACUGAUGGGGCAAAUAAAAAAAAAAAACACUUUCCUUACAUUUAGUAUGUGGAAGUGCACACACAGAAAGCUUUUUUUUUUCUUAACCUCUGAGAAGGAACAGCUUUUCUAUUAGCAUGGCUAUUGAUAUUGUAUCUAUGGCCCCCUUUAUAACUUGUUCAGCGCCGGCUACAUUUCGAAGGGUUGUCUGCUGUGAAAGUGUUGCAAGAGAAGCAGUGUCGCUUGGCGUUGCACCUCUCGAAUCAAACAUGGCACUGUGUAAAUAGAAAUUUCAUAAAUAAUUAUUUGCUCUCACGUGUGGUACUUACAUUAACACUACCAAGUAUUGUGUCGGUAGCAUCUCUUUGUCUGCAUGUGUACGGAUUAGCUGGCUUUGAAAUUCCGGAGUUUGUGAGGGCACACCAAAAGUUGGGUCAAGUCACAAUGUCCGAUCAAAGUCAUUGGGUCUUUCAUGUUUGCACUAGUUCGAAGUAAGCCGUUUUGAGCAUCGGAGCACAUUGAAGUGUCCCGCUUAUAUGUCUCGGUGACCUCAUCUAUAUUCAUGAAUAACUCUGUUAACUUUAUAGGAGGAAGGCUUUAGGGACAGAUUAUCUGCACUUAUAUGUAUCAGAUCGUGAUGGACAGGCACACAUAAAUUCCAGACCUUCUUUAUGUCUGCAUCCGGAAGCGUUGUUUAUUUGUGAUUGAAAAAUAAACAUGACCGGAGAAAUCUGUGCAUUAUCUUGGCAUUUGUGGUUGUGUUAUGAGCAAAAAAUAAAUAAAAGCAUCAAAUACUGGUACACCA